AUGGAGUCAACAUUCCUUCGGAUUGAAGAUCCAGGUGUUAAGGCACCCGACUGCCGGGAGCUGCGCUUGGAGGGCACCCAGCCCAUCCUGGUGGUCCAGGAAACCCAGGAGUUGCAGCCGGACUCCGUGGACCAAGCCUCGGGAGGGCUACUCUGGGAGGGGGCCCUUGACCUGGCCCAGCACCUCCAGCUAUGCUUGAGGAUGGAUCCCUCGGAUCUAGCCUCAGAGUCGCCUGGGGGCCGCCGGGUCUUGGAGCUGGGAGCCGGACAUGGGCUGCCAGGGCUCAUGGCCCUGAGGAUGGGCUGCCGCGUGGACUUCCACGACUUCAGUGAGCAGACGUUGCGCCACAUCACUGCGGCCAACUGCGUUGCCAAUGGCAUCCAUGUCAACCGGGCAGAUAUUGCAGGACAGCAGCAUAAUCCUGAUCCCUUGGUCCGCUUCGUCGCCGGUGACUGGACACUGCUGAAGGACAAGAUGGAAGCUGCUGGGCUGCUCUACGAUGUCAUCAUCGCGUCAGAAGCAGUGUACAAGGUGGACUUUUACCCGGAUCUCUUGGCUUUGCUGGAACGCCUGGAACCUGGGGGGCGGGCCUGGUUCGCGGGGAAGCGCUUUUACUUCGGCUGUGGAGGCGGCACGGCUUCCUUUGCCGCAGCAGCCAGGGAAGCGGGCUUUAGUGUCAUGGUGGACAAAGUGCUGGAGGAUGGACGCUCCAACAUCCGCGAAAUUCUGCUUAUCUCAAAGACAGAUGCCACGCAUCCUGGCAAGCGGCAAAAGAUCCAAAAGGAUGAAGUCGCCGAGGGCCUCCAGUCCACCCAGCUGCCAACCCGGAGCUGCGAUCACCCUGCGUAG